GUCUCAGUUUUUUUUUUUUUUUUUUUGUUUUUUUUCCCCCGUUCGUUUCUUCAGACUUUUCAAUGUCGAGUUCAAGCAGCGUUUACAGCGGCGACUACUCUGCCGACGAUCGCAGCCUCAACGUGCCCGUGACACCGAACGUCAACCAAGUCGGACGAAUGCUCUCGUCGUAUGCCUGGCAGUAUGACCCGGCUGUCUUUGCCAACACGAACAUGGAGCUGCUUGCUCCCGAAAGCGUCUCGCAGGCUCCCCUCGGCAUCGGCCAUCGUGUCUGCUAUGGCACUGGCACGUCGUACUUGGCUGGUGCAGCGCUUGGCACGCUUUAUGGCGUGGGCUCUGGUCUGCGCAACCCUGACGCCACCUCCACCCGCCUGAAGGUCAACAGUGUGCUGAACAGUGUGACACGGCAUUCCCAAUCGGUCGCGCACACUGUCGGUGUUGUCGCGCUCGUAUACACAGUCAUGGAUGGCGUUACCAUCCGCCUUCGCGAUGGCCAAGACGAUGCCUACAACACAAUCGGAUGCGGUAUUGGCACGGGCCUUCUUUUGCGCUCAGCGUCUGGCCUGAGGCGUUGCUUGAUGGCCGGUGCCCUCGGUGGCGCCAUGGCCGCAACAUACUAUUUCGGCAACCAGAUGCUCAAUAAGAACGAGGAUUCGGCACCACAACAUUGAUCAAUAAAUAAUAAAAGCAUUCAUUUUCAAAGCCUUAAGAGAGUCAAAAAACAGCUUUAUUGAAAGAUCGCUCGAUCACAGCGUGUCGCGCUAGAGAAUAAACAAAACAAAAAC